GUGAAAUAGACUCGCCUCGCCCCCACGUGUGCCCAACCGUCUGACAUUUUCCCUCCCCUGAAGUCUAUUCAUCAUCCCUUUCUUGCCUUCCGGCCUCGCUGCGAUAUCAUCACGCCUGUCCAACACUAGUCACUCCUUUCUAUUCACCUCGUUGGGUAGGUAUUACGGUCGCUCAUCAUCAGUCUCACAUCUCCUUGAAUCACCACAGAAGUGUCACGGGGAAUUCAUCCAUGCAGCGCAGAGAGAGGUCUGUCGGCAAUCACCUUGUCCCUGGAUAAAAAGCAACCAACGGUGACACCAUGGCCGACACAAACGAACACCCGCCAAGGAACGAUGGGAAAUCCCUAGAAAACCUUCAAGAAACCGUUCUGAAGGGAGGGAAAAGGCGUCUGCCGCCAUUCCUCGACCAUUUCAACGCGCGCGAUCUGAAAAUCCUUUUCCGCUGUUGGGUCGCAGCCUGGGUGGCUUGUUUGUUGUUCUUGAUCAGUCCAUCCCUGUCGAGUUUGGGACAGGCUACUUUCUUCGCAUGUCUUGUAUUGCUUAUGCUCCCGCCCUCGAGUGUGGUAUUUAUCUACCUCCUUGGAGCGCUCUCCCUAUACCUGGGUGUCUGCUUGGCCUGGGCAUGGGGCGUCAUUACGAUGAAGGCCGCCUACGCGGCCAGAUCAUCUGCAGACACGCAAGCACAAUUGCUGGCCCUGGAGCAACUCGCCGCGCAACAGGCUAACGCAACUGGGCAAUCAGUCGCCAGUUUGGCCCAGGUGUUGGUUUACAAUGGCCACAUGCUGGAUGCGCGAGUGACGGCGGUCACUUACUGUCUCAUUUGUACUUUCAUUUAUCUCAUGGCACGCCUCCGAGCCAGCAAUCCGAAAGCAACCUUUACGGCGAUCUUCGCCAUCAUCAUAUCCGACCUGUUUCUCACGUAUCUGCCCCUGCUUCCCUCCUUCAACGGUACAUUACCCCUUGCACUUGCCAAGCCGGCUGGCGUCGGCAUCGGCCUGGGGUUUGCCUGUUCGGUGCUGAUCUUUCCGCAAUCCACAUCUCGAGUCGUUCUCAACAGCAUGGAGGACAUCAUUGAGCUGCUCACUCACCCGCUAGCGUUCACCUUGGCGACCCUGGGAAAACGUGAUCCAGACCUGAAUAUGACGCAGUUGCGCAAGACACAAGUCGGAAUCAUCGGCGAGUACCGGAAGGUCGAGCCCGCCCUAGCUUUUUUGCCGUUGGAUUUCUCGAUCGGGUGUUGGGGCGCGCAGCAUGUGGGAACUCUUAAGGAACCUGUACGCCAGGCUAUCGGAGCCAUUCUCUCCUUGCUCGAGUUUCAUAUGAACCGCGUCUCCGGCAAGGCUCGCGCACGAGAAGUCCUACAAAAGUAUGCAGACCAAAUUGUGUCGCAAGAUGAAAAGGCCAAGCCCUCGCGCGAGGUGGGACGCCACCAGCUGCAGCAAAUGGCGCGUUUGCUAGAUGGCUUGCGCAAUUCCGACAGCGGACCUAUCCCGGAGGAAACCCUUCAGGCAUUCGUGAGCGCGGCUUCAAAGGCCAUUGAAGCAUGUGUGGCUGCGCUGGGCGCUGCGAAGGAUUGCAUUCACAUGGCAAAUGGCCGACCGUGGUUUCGGCGCUCUUCGCCCGAGGCGCGGGAGGAAUUGUGCCAGCGGAGCCGUCAGGCUCUCGAAGAUCUUCGCGCAGUGCGCCAAACCUUUAUUCGUAACACAACAGAGUCGCUGGUUAGCUGCUACGGGCCGCUAAUGGACGGGAGACCGGGUGAGGACGCUGACCGUCACGCCAAGAACUUUGGAGGCAUUGUAGUGGGGAUGGUGUUCGAGGAACUCAUAGCCAACGCAAUGGAUAAAACCGAGUCCUUACUGGAUCAAGUGCUGAACAUCUUCCAGAGCUCCAAGCGAACACGAGUGUGGUGGCCGUUGAGCCUCAAAGCGUUUGUAUCCUGGGUGUCAGGCAAGGGCAACAAAGCCCCUGCCAUGGCUCAGGUCGCAGACGACGAUCCAGAAGAACAGGCCGACGCAACCAAAUCAGUGCAAGAAAGAUUGCGGCUGAGUCGUGGAUACCGCGUCAAGCGCCGCGGUCUUCCUAGUCGCAUUAUUCUGGGCACGUACCACUGGUUCACAUCAGCAGAAGGACUCUACGCUUUACGUAUGGUCGUGGUCACUAUUGCCAUUGGGAUUAUUUCUGCUCUACCCAGUACAGCGGGCUUCUUCUAUCGCGAGAAAGGUCUUUGGGCUUUGAUCAUGGCGCAGACAGGUCUCUUGCCGUACAUGGCUGAUUACUUAUUUUCUGUCAUUGCGCGCGUUAUAGGAACCGUUGUUGGCGGCCUCUUGGGCUUGCUGGCAUGGUAUAUCGGUUCAGGCAAUGGACCGGGCAGUCCCUAUGGACUAGCGGCUAUCAUGGCCGUGAUGCUUGUCAUCUUCCUUUGGUCGCGUCUUUUUCUGCCUCCCAGCCUCCUACAGGGGAGCAUCAUGGGAGGUGCUACGUUUUUGCUUGUUGUUGCGUACAGCUACGACGAUACCCACAUCCCAACCUAUGGCAAUCCAGGCGUCGGAUAUACCGUCUUCUGGCGCCGACUGCUUUUAGUCCUGAUCGGCGUCGGCGUGGGAACGGUAGCUCAGCUGUUCCCGCACCCUCCCUCCGCUGCGAAGCAUAUCAGCAAGACCCUGUCCACGUCUAUCCGCGCCAUCUCAGAUCAUUACGCACUCCUCCUAUCCUGCUGGGGCCGAGGCCAAGAAGACGGUCGCAUCCUCGCCGAGCCGAUCUCCCUCCAGAUGGCCGAGUCCCUCGUGCUGCUCGACGGGCCCAUCCAGCUUCUGCGGUACGAAUUCUCCAGCUCGCGGUUCGACAGCUCGAGCAUGGACCAAGUCAAGCUCCUCUGUCACGGGUUGAACCGGAACCUCGGGCGGCUGCUCUCCCUCUCCGCGUCCUUGCCGCAGGAAUACCAAGACCGCCUCGCGCGGAUGACGGGGCUGCUGGACCAUCGCUGUAUCGGCGAGAUCAUGGCCGUGCUGAGCGUCUGCGAGCAAGCGCUGAAAACAGGUGACGCUCCACCGGAGCUCUUGCCCACCCCGCUGAUGCAGCGGUCCAUGGAGUACUGGCACGCGCACGCAAUGGAUACUCUGCUGUCGCCGGAGAUGCUGCGGGAGGAGGAUUAUCGUCGGUACUGCGUCGGGGUGAGUGCCUACGUCAAGUUCCUGAGUACGGUGGACGAGCUGGUGCUGGUGAUUAAGGGGGUGUUGGGCGAGUCGCACCUGGUUUCUUGGGAGCAGUCGGAAGUAUGAGGCGGGUGUGGUGGUAUAGGUUGUAGCUUACGUUUUGG